AUGUGUAAGCAGACUGACAGCCGUAAGUGUAUUCAGUCCAACGGCGUGCUAACUAGCCCCGCCGUCACAGCGCUGGAGAGCGGGGCUGUCAGCCCGAGUGGCGAAGUCCAGGGGAAGAAGGGCGGUGGGAAGUUGGCGGCAAGCUGGGCGAGCCGGGAGUGGAAAAAAUGGCGGAAGGAGAUGGGAAAGAGUUGGCGUGAUGCCCGGGGAGUGAACGUGGGAAUCCAUGAAGCGCCGGAAGAGCGGAAUGUGCGAGCAGCGCGGGAACGGUAUGCAGAAGCGGUGAAGGAAGGAGGGCGGAUCAGCCGAAAAGCAGUGAGUAGCGGAUUCGAGGACGAGCGAAGCAGAACUUUCGGGGAGUACGGAGAGUUUUUAGCGAGCAUCGGUUGCGAGGACAUCGAGGCAGCAGAAGGUGUGGACGUAGUAGCGUUUGUGCAAGGGUGGUGGCUGCCGGGGCAUCAGAAAAACUUUCGAACGAAAGUAGCUGGUCGCAGCGAGAAGGUGGCGUCAGCAUCUGCGGUGAAAGGUGUGAUCGGGCACAUCGCAAAAAAUUAUAGCAUGCUGGGUGUGAAGGACGAAGCCAAUCCUGCAAAAAGCGAGGCGGCUGAAGUUAUCGAGAAGGAUAUCGAGUGGGUCUGCGGGAAGUAG